AUGCCAAUCGUGACUGAGAGAACAUCUUUAACGAGAUCCGCAGACCCUCCCACAUACGUUGAGUACGCGGGGAUGGUGAGGACCAGAAGAUCGAGAGUUCGACAGUUUCAGUGCUGUGUUUGUGCUAUUCUAUUGUCACUCUCAGUGAUGGCCGUGAUCAUGUCCAUCAGCUACGAGCUCUCCCCGAGGACUCCAGAGCCGAACGAGCUCAAUUCCCCGAUCGAGCCCCCAACAAUCACCCCCAACGUGACGACUCUCUUGCAACUAGCGUCUCCGCUAGCUCCCGCGCCCUCCCUCCCGGACCAACACGUCAAAGCCUCAGAGCCGGCGGAAGAUCCAACAGCUCUAACCCAGCAAGAAUGGUCUGAAGCCGUGAAGAUCGGGAGAGAAGCGAUCGAGGAUCGUUUGAAAGCGAACGAAAUGGCGACGAGUUUGAUGCCAGGGGAAAUGUCCCCGAACAUUCGUCACAGUUACGCAGUCAGUACGGGACCAACAGCCGGCAGACUAGCCCUCGCAGGCGUCGGAGAAGUGGCUGCCAGCAGGCACAUCGAGUCAUCUAGGAGAGCGAAAGGAUUUCGAUCGGCCUUUGGGGCUUAUUUCGACGGGAAGUGGUCGGGUGCCUCAACGUGCGUAGAGAACGAUGAAAAUGUCAAGUGCGAUUUGACGCAGAAGUACCGAAACAUCAAUGGGACCUGCAAUUACCCUGGGAACAAGGGCGCGGCGUUCACGCCGUUCAGGAGGGCCUUGGCUCCAGUGUAUUCUGAUGGGAUAGAGGCGCCGAGGAGUGGAAAAUCGGCGAAGGGAUUGCCGUCCCCUCGGGAGGUCUCCCUGAGGGUUCACGGACCCUCUCCGAGCUCGAACCCCUCCUUCACGGUUAUGCUGGCUGUCUUCGGACAGUUCAUCGAUCAUGACAUGACCGCCACUGCUAAUGGGAGGGGGAAGAACGACAGCACUUUGGCUUGUUGUCCGCCGAGCAAGGGACAUCCCGAGUGCUUCCCCGUGGCCGUUGGACCCGGAGACCCGGCUUAUGAUUUCGCGGGGAAGACGUGCAUGGAGUUCGUGAGGUCCGCACCUGCUGCGCAGUGCAAGAUCGGCCCGAGGCAGCAAUUGAAUCAGGUAACCGGAUUCAUCGACGGCUCCGUGAUAUACGGUUCCGACGACGCGACCGCCAGUUCCCUCCGGGACUUCAAAUCCGGAAAACUCCGGAUGUUCAAGACCCCGGACGGUAGGUUCCUCCUCCCUCGCAGCACGGACCCGAACGACGGCUGCAACCGCCCGCAGGAGCGCUCGCGCGGUCGCUACUGCUUCGCCUCGGGUGACGCCCGGGCGAACGAGAACCUGCACCUGACGACCAUGCACAUCAUCUGGGCGCGUCAGCACAACGCGGUGGCGGAUCGUCUCGCGAGAGAGAACCCCUCCUGGAGCGACGCAAAGCUCUACCAGGAGAGCAAACGCGUCGUCGGCGCUCAGCUGCAGCACAUAACGUACAGCGAGUUCCUCCCUCUGGUCCUCGGGGAAACCGAGGUCGCCCGGCGAGGACUGAGGCCCCUGAGCGGGGGGAGUCACCGAGCGGUCGAUGAUGAGCGCCCGGACCCUGCGAUCGCGAAUAACUUCGCGACUUCUGCCUUUCGAUUCGCGCAUUCGCUCCUUCCGGGGCUCAUGAAGACGACAGACGCGCAGAACGGAACGGAGGACUACAUAGAGCUCCACAGAAUGCUGUUCAAUCCCUACAGUUUGUACUCGAGACGAGGGGUUGAGAGCUCCGUCAUGUCGGCGACCUCCAACAACAUCCAGAGGACUUCCCCCCACGUGACCUCGGAGUUGACGAGACACCUGUUCGAGGAUCCGAUCGAUCGGAAUGAGGAGAAUAAGCCCAGGUUGCCGUGUGGACUCGACCUGGUGUCCCUGAACAUCCAGAGGGGACGGGACCAUGGCCUGCCGGGGUACACCAGCUGGAGGGAGUACUGUAACCUCACGAGACCCGAGAACUUUGGGGAUCUGGAGGGAGUCAUGAAUUCGGAGACUCUGGGGGAGAUUCGGAAGAUUUAUGGAGAGGUGGACGACGUGGACUUGUACACGGGGGCUCUCGCGGAGAAGACGACUGAGGACGGGAUUGUGGGACCGACCUUCGGGUGCCUCAUUGGGGACCAGUUCCAGAGACUGCAGAGGGGGGACCGGUUCUGGUAUGAGAACCGAGAACAGCCGCAUCCGUUCAGCGAAGACCAAUUGAUGGAGAUCAGGAAGACUACCCUCGCAAGGAUAAUCUGCGACUGUUCAGACAGUAUCGAUAAAAUUCAACCCCAGGUCAUGAGAUCCGUCGAUGCCAACAAUCCCAUCACCGCUUGCAACGACAUCCCCAUGACAAAUUUGAGCCUCUGGAAGGAGGCCAUCUGAUUUCAUUGUAAUGUUGUGUGUAAUU